UUUUUGCCAUCGAACCUUUCCAUACGACAAUGUUUAUCUCUAGCAGCUCAGUUGUCAGCUUUGUCAGCAAUAAAAACAAAAGCUGUUGCUUAUCUUUUUUUUUGCGUAACCGCGGUGCAGAUUAAAGCAAGCGGCCGUCUCCUGUUGCUUCUUGGAAUACAUUGCAAGCACUAGCUUCAAUUGCCACCAUGUCCCGUAGUGUUAAACUUUACUAUGACCUCAUGUCGCAACCGUCGAGGGCGCUUUACAUAUUCUUAUCGACCAACAAGAUCCCCUUUGACCGGUGCCCGAUAGCGCUGCGAAAAAUGCAGCACAAGACGGACGAAUACCGCCGGCAGGUGAAUCGGUACGGCAAGGUGCCCUGCAUCGUGGACGGCAGCUUCCGGCUAGCCGAGAGCGUCGCCAUCUACCGGUACCUGUGCCGAGAGUUUCCGACCGACGGCCACUGGUACCCGAGCGACACGGUGCGCCAGGCACGCGUCGACGAGUACCUUUCCUGGCAGCACCUAAACCUGCGCGCCGACGUGUCGCUGUACUUUUUCCACGUGUGGCUAAACCCGCUGCUGGGCAAGGAGCCGGACGCCGGCAAGACGGAACGGUUGCGCCGGCGGCUGGACGGUGUGCUGAACUUUUUCGACCAGGAGCUGCUGUCGGCCGGUAGCGGGCAGGCGUUUCUGGCGGGCGAUCGCAUCAGCAUUGCCGACCUAUCGGCCGCUUGCGAGAUUGAGCAGGCGAAAAUAGCCGGGUACAAUCCGUGUGAGGGCCGGCCGGCACUGGCCAGCUGGCUGACGGCGGUGCGGGAGCGAACCAAUCCGUUCUACGACGAGGCGCACAAAUACGUUUAUCGGCUUUCGCCGGACCACAUCGUAACGCCGGUCGUUGCGGAAGAUGAGUGAAUGUUUCGUUCUUUUUGUUGCUACUGUUGCCUAGGUAAAAUAAAGAUUUUCGAUUUCUAAAACCACAAAAA